UCGGCUCAGCGCCGAUGAUAUAAAGACGGAUUUGGAUUCCGUGGCCUCAAACCACCCCCCCUCGCCAUGAGCAGCCUGAGCGCCCUCCGCGAGGGCUACGAGCGCUUCGACCCCCGCGCGUACCUGCACAACAAUUACCUGCCGCCCCGCGCCGACUUCUCCUCCGAGGAAUUCGUGGUGCCGUGGAAGUUGAGAUGCCUGGCAGAGACCUUCGCCAGCGGUGAGAUCCGGGGGCGCACUCUGAUCGACGUGGGCUCGGGCCCCACCAUCUAUCAGCUGCUGAGCGCCUGCGACCACUUCGAGGAGAUCGUGGCCACCGACUACCUGGCGGUGAACCGGGAGGAGUUGGGGCGCUGGGCGCGGGGCGAGCCCGGCACCUUCGACUGGAGCCCCUUCAUCCGGCACGUCUGCAAGAUCGAGGGGCGCGGGGAGCCCUGGCAGGAGAAGGAGCGGCGGCUGCGGGGGCGACUGCGGCGCAUCCUGCCCAUCGACGUCCACCGGCCGGACCCGCUGGGUGCCCCUCUGCGCCCGCCGGCCGACGCGGUGCUCUCCGCUUUCUGCCUGGAAGCCGUCAGCCCGGACCGAGCGGCCUUCUCCCGGGCGCUGGCGCACGUGGGCUCGCUCCUGCGCCCGGGGGGCCACGCGCUGCUUUUGGGGGCUCUGGGGGAAUCUUUCUACCUGGCGGGGGCCGCGCGCCUGCCCGUGGUGCCGCUGGACGAGACUGACGUCCGCACGGCGCUCGCCGACGCCGGCUUCGUCCUGCGUGACUUCCGCUCGUACGCCAUGCCGCCCGCGCUCCGCACCGGCGUGGAUGACGUCGACGGUGUCUUCUUCGCCCACGCCCAGAAGCCUCUGGAAGCCUGAAGGAUCCGUGACCCCCCCCCCGCAUCCCAAAAAGUGGGUUUCAUUCCCCUGAUUCCCUCCUCCGAGCGCUGCCGCUAAUAAAGGUUGAACUGCACAGCAGAGC